GGGCCGACCCGGGGGCCAUCCCGGUCCCUGGCCCCCUGUCCCGGCUGGGUGGCUCGCAGGGAGCCCACAACACCACCAUCCCCCAUGGAAGGGGGACGGGAGGCGGGGAGCAGCCGCUGGCCCCGGGGUGGAAGAUGCAGGGCCGAAGCCCCCAGCUGAACAUGGAGCUGAACAGGCUGCUCCUCCUCACAUCCUUCUUCCUGCACCUGGAAGAGGGCCGUGCCAGCCCAACGAGGCUGGUCUGUGACAGCAGACUCAUCCAGAAGUACAUCGGGGAAGCCAAGGAGAUGGAGAAGAGAGCAGGCCAGUGCCAGGCACUGCCAACACUCAGCUGCCCCAUGGUGCUGCCCUUGGUGGACUUCAGCCUCCAGCAGUGGAAAUCCAAAUCGCAUGAGACCAAGCAGCAGGAGAUACUCUGUGACCUGGCACUACUGGUGGGUGCCGUGGUGGGGGCCCAGGGCCAAGUAACCCAAGAGUGUGGGGCCAGACAGCUGAACCAGCUCUACCAACAUGCCAACUUCUUCCUCCUGCUCCUGCAGACCUUCAGCUGGGAGGUAGGACCCUGGCAGCCGGGCUGCUCCCCACGCUCCACAGAGCAGAUCCAGGUCACCAGCAUCUUCCUCACCUACCGUCAGCUGGUGCAGGGCAAGCUGCGCUUCUUCUUGCACGACCUGGCCAAGGACUUGUGCAAGCCAGGCCAGGGGGGUGGCAGAGACCCUCAGUGUGGAGCCUAGUGAGGCUGUGCACUGUGUUCAUCACCCCCCCAUCCUGGGCAGAGUGAUCCUGCCAGACACAGAGCUGGGCUCUGGGUGCCCAGGGAGGUGCCAGGGAAAGGGUCUGCUCCUAUUCCUUGAGACUUCUGAGACUGCAUGGACCAGGGAGGCAGAGAGCAGCAGAACACUUGUACCCGGGGGCACAGGCACCUCUACUGUGAAUG